AUGUCUGAUUUAGGUAGAAAAGAUAUCUCUGACAAAGUCAGUGAAUCAUUAACUCCAGAUAGCGAAAAGUCAACCUUGGAGAAGGGAAAAGAAUCUGUUACCGACGCUCUCGAUAAUGCUGCUAACAAAGCUGUUCCCGAUAGCCAAAAAUCAUUUUCACAAACUGUUGCUGAUAAAUUCAGCGAGGGAAAGAAGGAUGCUCAAGGUGAGGGUCAAACUUUAGCUGAAACUGCUCAAGAGUAUGUUGAAGCUGCUAAGGAAAAACUCUCUGAGGCUGCUGAAUACGUUUCUCAAACUGUUGGUGGUGCCACCGAAGGUGCUCAAAAAGGUGCUGAAGGUGCUAAAAAAUAG